UACACUCUUUAUUUGUAUUUUUCUUUGGCUCGACCCACCUCCCAUCCCUCUUUUUUAUUUGCUUUUGAAUUUGCUGUUGAAUUUAUCCAAUUACUUUUGCUGCCCACAACGCUAUAAAGUUUUUUUUCCAUUUACUCUGUUUUGUCCAUUAAGUCGCAUUAAAAGCAUUUUUAUUGAUUUUUAAGAAAUGGACCGUGUUCCUGAGCAUCGCCGGAGCUUUCCAACCGACGAGUUGCGUCGCCGCCGCGAGGAGCAGACUGUCGAGAUUCGCAAACAGAAGCGCAAUGAGUCGCUGGCCAAGAAGCGUAACUUCAAUUUCCCCGCCGCAGCCAACCUGUCAGACAGCGAGGAUGAGGAUGAGCAGAGAACAGACGCCAACCAGAUCCUGCUCAAGGAGCAGUUCCCGGUGAUGAUCAACGGCCUGUACUCGGAGAACCUCGACGAGCAGCUGGCGUCGGUGACCAAAUUCCGCAAGCUGCUGUCCAAGGAGUGCAACCCGCCUAUUGCCGAGGUCAUCGAGUGCGGCGUCGUGCCGAGGUUUGUCGAGCUUUUGCGUUCUUCUCACUCUGUGAUUCAGUUUGAGGCCAGCUGGGCCUUGACCAACAUCGCCUCGGGCUCCUCACAGCAGACGCAGGUGGUUAUUGAUGAGAAGGCAGUGCCCAUCUUCAUCCAGCUGCUGAGCAUCGACAACCUCGAUGUGCGCGAGCAGGCGGUGUGGGCGCUGGGAAACAUUGCUGGCGACAGCCCCAAGUGCCGCGAUACCCUGCUCAAUGAGAACCACAAGCUGUCGAUGCUGCGCAACGCGACGUGGACUCUGUCUAACUUCUGCCGUGGCAAGAACCCGCAGCCGGCGUGGGACUCCAUCUCGGCCGCGCUGCCCGUGCUCAGCAAGCUCAUCUACUCGGUCGACGACGAGCUGCUGACCGACGCGUGCUGGGCGAUCUCCUACCUGUCGGAUGGCCCGAACGAGAAGAUCGAGGCUGUGAUCAACUCGGGCGUGAGCCGCCGGCUGGUCGAGCUGCUGAUGCACCCGAUGACCACGACGCAGGUUGUGCUGAACAGCGGCGCACUCGCUGCACUGCUCGCGCUGCUCAACUCGCCCAAGGACGGCAUCCGCAAGGAGGCGUGCUGGACCAUCUCCAACAUCACUGCCGGCAACACGACACAGAUCCAGGCCAUUAUCGACGCCAACAUCAUCCCGCCCCUGCUGCACAUUCUGCAACACGGCGACUUUAAGAGCAAGAAGGAGGCGUGCUGGGCCGUGUCCAACGCGACCUCGGGCGGCCUGAAUCAGCCCGAGCAGAUCCGCUACAUGGUGCAGCAGGGAUGCAUCAAGCCGCUGUGCGACCUGCUCAACUGUAUGGACAACAAGAUCACGCAGGUUGCGCUCGACGGUCUGGAGAACAUCCUCAAGGUCGGAGAGGCUGACAAGGAGAAUAGCCCGAGCCAGAUCAAUCAGUACGCGCUGUUUAUCGAGGAGGCCGGUGGCAUGGAGAAGAUCCACAACCUGCAGCUCCACGAUAACAUUGAGAUCUACAAGAAGGCGUACAACAUCAUCGACAAGUACUUUGCUGACGAGGGCGAGGAUGAGGAUGACAACGAGCUGAUGCCCGAAGUUGACCACCAGACCGGCCAGUUCAACUUUGAAGGCGAUGUUUCGGCUCCGCAGGGCGGCUUCAACUUUGGCAACUAAGCCAGAACUGCUUUUUUUCCAACUGAAGCCGGAUCGGAGCUGGUCUUUUCAGGUCUUGUCUAGUGUGAGCGCAAGCUUGGCUAUGGCCGUUUUUUUUUCCUGCCCGGUCUUUCAUUUUCCCUUACCAUUCUUUUGUGUCUAUCCUUGUGUCUAGACGACGUGCGAGGAUGGGCCUUUUUCUUUUUCUCUUUAUUUUUAUAAUAAAUUUGUGUU